AAUUUUAGUAGAAUAGCUUCAAACUCUUGUGCUCCAGUUGGGGAGAUACAUGCCCCACAUGGGACGAAGGAAGACUCCCCAAGGAAACUGGACAUGAAAGGCAGCAAACCAUCCCCAUUAUGUGUUGAUUUUUUUUUUUUUUCCCUGAAUCUCUGAGCAGUGAUGAGCUUCUCCCAUGGGGUUUGGACACUGCCAUGGUAUGGCUUUGUGGAAGAUUCUAAGCUCUUUAGCACCUUGUCUCCCACCUGCUCUGACUGACUUCCUGAUGAUAAUCUUUCCUAACAAGCAGCCACAUCUGUGAGGGCUGCCGCAGCUGCUGUUCCGAGAGCACAGAGCUAUGGAACUUGGAUUGGGAGGACUGUAGAGCUUGGAGCUGAUGAGCGCCUACUUUCCAGGUCAGCAAAUUAAAGAAAUAAGCUGAGUGCUGUGUGCACACAGUAGGGCCGGGUACUCAAAUGUGGCGGUGCCAUGUGCAAGGGUUAGAGGUCAGGGCAAGAGUAAGGUGACCUCUGCUUACCUGUUCUAACAGAUUAGACUGUCCCAGGCUAGCUCCUCAGCUUCACUGCCUCCUUAGGGUCAGGUCAGCUACCCCAUGUUUGUUUUUAAAGUACACUUCAAUUUUUAGGAUAGUCCAGUAGUUUCACAGCAAAAUCAAGUAGAAUGUGUUACCUGUACUUGAGCAACCUUUUCCUGCCUCCAGCGAUCCACGCGUAUUACAUUUUUGAUGUUGUUAAUAAACCACAGCUGUGCCCCUAAAAAUAUUCUAUUCUGCCUGGCCUGUUCGUGUCUUUCCACACUGACCCUCGGCCACCCAUGUCUGUGUUGGUUGUGGAUUGUUUUUAUUUAUUUGCAUGUCACUAACAUGGGGAUUGAGCCUAGGACCUUGUGCUGAACAAGCACUCUUCCAAUGAGCAUCCCUACAUGAUCCAUUGGUCUUUGUGUAGUUGGGACCAAUUACACAGCACGGAGUCUGUUCAGAUAGGCUUCUUUUGGUAAUAUUGAAAGUUCCUAUCUUUUCACAGUAGCUGUAGCUUUUGUUCUGUUUUGUUUUUUAGCACUGAAUUGCAGUGUCUACCACAGUUUACCAUAUACCCACUGAAGGACAUCUUUUGGACUUCCAAGUUUGGCCAGUUAAGAACAAAGCUCCUGGAAUCUUUGUACAGGGUUUUGUGCGGGCAUGUGGUGUCAACUCAUUUGACAAAUGCCAGUGAACAUGAUUGUUGGGUUUUAAGGUAAGAGUAUGUUUAGUUUUCUAAGUAUAUUGUUAAGGCGUUGUGCUGUUUUACAUUCCUGUCACUCUACACUCCUGGUCAUUUGUGUUAUUGUCAGUAUUUUGAAUGUAGCUGUUCUAUUAGGUGUGUAAUAGUUUCCUGUCUUAAUUUGAAAUUUUUUAAUGAUUAUGCUAUUGGACAUCUUCAUGUAUGCCAGCUUGCCUUCUGUGUUCCAGAGACACGGGUCUUCAGACUUUCUUACUUUGAAAUGAGCUCAGACUUAGAGAACUAUUUGCAAGUAAUACCAAAGAUUCACCGAUAUCUGCCUUGUGGCUUCUCUAAAUGUAAAUCUCUCUCUUAACACCUAUCAAAAUCAGGACGUUAGUCUUGAUAGGGCACUGUUGACUAAUGUACAAAGUGAGAAAGCUUCAGUCAUCACAGUAUUGUGUCUUUUCUGGACUCUGCCCUCCAUCCAGAACUGUCUUUAGCAACAGUAUUUUCUUGAUCUCUGGCCUGGCUCAGCCUGAUCUUUGUUUCUCUUGACCUUAACACUUCCUUCAAGCAAUGGGUAGUGACUGUGCAACAGUGGGUAGUGACUGUGCAGCAGUGGAUAGUGACUGUGCAGCAGUGGGUAGUGACUGUGCAACAGUUGAUAGUGACUGCAGCAAUGGGUAGUGACUGUGCAGCAGUGGGUAGUGACUGUGCAGCAGUGGAUAGUGACUGUGCAGCAGUGGGUAGUGACUGUGCAGCAGUGGAUAGUGACUGCAGCAGUGGGUAGUGACUGUGCAACAGUUGAUAGUGACUGCAGCAAUGGGUAGUGACUAUGCAGCAGUGGGUAGUGACUGUGCAGCAGUGGGUAGUGACUGUGCAGCAAUGGGUAGUGACUGUGCAACAGUUGAUAGUGACUGCAGCAGUGGGUAGUGACUGUGCAGCAGUGGGUAGUGACUGUGCAGCAGUGGGUAGUGACUGUGCAGCAGUGGAUAGUGACUGUGCAGCAGUGGAUAGUGACUGUGCAGCAGUGGAUAGUGACUGUGCAGCAGUGGGUAGUGACUGCAGCAGUGGGUAGUGACUGUGCAGCAGUGGAUAGUGACUGCAGCAGUGGGUAGUGACUGCAGCAGUGGGUAGUGACUGUGCAGCAGUGGGUAGUGACUGCAGCAGUGGAUAGUGACUGCAGCAGUGGGUAGUGACUGCAGCAGUGGGUAGUGACUGUGCAGCAGUGGGUAGUGACUGUGCAGAGUAUCUCUCAGUAUGAGACCACUUAUGUAAACAGUUGAUAAGCUUUUGUGGACUUCUAAUCAGCUGCAUUUCUUCCUGAGAUUUAAGAGUUACUUAUAGCUGAGGAUGAUGUCACAUGCCUAUAACCCCAGCCCUUGGGCUGCAGUGAGGCAGGGGAAUCAGGAGGUCCCAUGACUACCCUGAAGACAUGCAGAGAUCUGGCCUUUAAACAAACAGGGCUUUUUUUUGGGUAACAGUCUUUGCUAGUUUGUGACUUACAAACUUCACCCUCUUUCACAGUGUCUUUCAUAGAGUACAAAUAUUUUAAGUUUCAAUGAAGGCCAACUUGGCAAUUAUUUUAUAGCUUGCUACUGAUACUUAUUUUAAAAGCCACUCCUAUGUCCAAAAUUAUUCAAGUUUAACCCACUAUCAUCUUCUGGAAUGUAAUUAUUUGUAUUUUAUAUUUCGUUUUACGGUCCAAUUUAAGUUUUUAUGUAUAGUUUCCUUUUUCUGUGUGCACUGGCUGCCUUGUGCACAUCAUUAGGAAGUGCUUUUAGCACUUCUGCUUGUCUAGGUGCUGCCCAGUUCAUGACUGUUAUCUUUUUGGGUUUUACAGUAAUGGGAAAACAAACUAGGAUAUAUAUUCAUUCAUUCAUUCUCUCUCUCUCUCUCUCUCUCUCUCUCUCUCUCUCUCUCUCUCUCUCUCCUGUGUGUGAGAGAGAGUGAGGGCAUUCACACGUGUAUACAAGUAUGAGUGUGCGCACACGUGCUUUCACAAACACCACGGCGCGUUGAGAGGACAGUGCUGCAGAGGCAGUUCUCUCCUGCCUUCCUGUGGGUUCUGGGGAUUGAACUCAGGUUGACAGGGUUGCUUGGAAAGUAUCUUUACCGGCUGUGUUUGUAUUUUUGAGAUGGUGUUUUAGUUAGGAUUUCUGUUGUAUACCAAAACACCAUGACCACAAAGCAAGUUGAGGAGAAAAGAGUUAUUGGCUGUGACUUCUAGAUCACAGUUCAUCAUUGGAGGAAUCAGGACUGGGCUGGAACCUGGAGGCAGGAACUGAUGCAGAGGCCUCGCAAGGGAACCCAGGACAGCCAGUCUAGGGAUGGCACCACGUACAAUGGGCUGGACCCUCCCCCAUUGAUCACUGAUUGAGAAAAUGCCUUACUUCUGGAUCUCAUGGAGGCAUUUUCUCAACUGAGGCUCCUCCUCUCUGAUGACUCCAACUUGUGUCAAGUUGACAAAAUCGGCCAAUACAGAUAGAAAGGUCUCACUCUGUAGCCCAGGCUGGCCUGGAGCUCACUGUUUGCUCCAGGUUGGACUCCAGCUCUCAGCAAUCUGCCUCACUCUCCUCAGGCUGCUGGUAGUUGAGGUGUAAGAUACCAUACUUGUCUUGUCCUACCCUUUUUUCAUUCUCCAUAAGAAGUACAAGAAUGUCUAGAGACCAGCUCAGCUUUCUCCUCAGGUGGGUGGGUGAGUGAGAAAGAGAUUUGGAUGACUCAGUGGCCCAGCACAAGCUUCCUACCUCUUACGUCAUCUCAGAAUAAGAAUACUCCAACUAAUUGUAGGGGAUGGUGGAGUACAAUGGGGGCAAUGCUGGGAACGAAGCCUAAAAGUGCUCUUUUAUGUGUUGUUUUGGCUUUGUCAUUGUCCUGAGCCGGGACAGCCAGCAGCCAGGGCCGUCACCUGCCUAACUCUUAAAAUGGUUCAAAAUUUAGAACAUGAAAGACCCUCCUCGUGCGACUGUAUAAGCAGGUCUGUGUAUUGCACAUGCAGGCAAUUUGCUUGUGUGCAUGUGCAGAAGCGGUGCAGAGGUAAUGCAGAGGGGACUUUGCCCUGUGUUGUUGUUAUCAUUGAUUGCUUUGGGAGAUUGGGAUACACUGGAGAGCCUGUAUUUGUUUUUAAUCUAAUAAAACAAGUUUCUAGAUUACUAGGAAUUUACUAGAUUACUAGAAAACCAGUUUCUUCUUUGAUUAGAACUGGAAGUACGGGGCUGGGGAUUUAGCUCAGUGGUAGAGCACGUGCCUAGCAAGCACAAGGCCAUGGGUUCAGUCCCCAGCUCUGAAAAAAAGAAAAAAGGAAAAAAAAAGAACUAGAAGUACAACACUCACACACUCUCUCUCUCUCUCUCUUUCUCUCUCUCCUAGCCUGCAUGCUGCUCUGGGAUUAGCUACUAUUACAUAAUUAGCAGAAAAAAGUAAGAUCAGCAGAAGUAUGUCAAGGUUAUAGGCAAGAAAUGGCUCCUGCAGAGUUAGUGCAGGCAGUUUUUCUCCUUUGAAGAUUGCAUGUAUGUGUCUCUUAGUCACACCCACUUCUACUCCCUCUUUCCCAGUUUGCCCUAACACAUCUCCUUCCCAACAUCAUGUCUUCAUUUUCUUGUUGUAGAUUUCUUGUUGUUGUUUAUGUAUUGUAAAGAUGUAUUUUUAUGUUUUGCCUGCGUGUGUGUGUAUUCUGUGUAUCCUGUACAUGCCUGAUGCCCGUGGAGGUCGGAGAGGGCACUAGACAUUCUAAAACUGGACUUACAGAGAGUUGAGAACUGUCAUGUGGGUACUGGGACCAAAUCUAGGUCCUCUGCAAGAACAAGAAGUAUUCUUAAUCACUGAACCAUCUUUCCAGCCCAUUACUUAGAAAAAAGCAACUAGGCCACUGGCUGCAGUUGGUGGACAGAUGAGUCCGGAUGUGCACAUUAGGGUCCAUGGAAAGCGGGGCAGGCCUGUCAGUGGCCCUCUGUCAAAGAAGGGAGGGAGGCUCUUUCUAAGCAGCAAACAUUAGCUGCCAUUGGCUCCUCAGCCGAGGGUGGAGGAGGAGCAGGGCACCAGAGCUCCUUUCUCACGGUUGGUACUUAAUAGAUAUCGAUCAAAUUUUAUUGUCCCUUCUUCCCUAUGCCCCCAGGCCGCUGGUAAACAUUCUUCUACUCUUAUCUCCUGGGAGAUAAAGAUUUUAAAGGUUUCACGUCUUCUCAUAAGAUUUUUUUCUCUAUGCUUGGCCGGGUUCAGUUACUAAAAUCUGCAGUUUAAAGGAUGUGGUCAUAAAACAAUAGCGUCGCACUGGUUUGGGUUUUUAGGGUAGAUGACACUCUGUGGUAUACAUGUGCCACGUUUCCUUUAUGCACACUUCGGUCGUUUCCAUUUCUUAAGUGUUGUAUAUUUCUAGCUGGAUCAAUCUUAUCCAGGUCAUGUGUGGAUAAGUACAGCUCUGGGGGCUGAUGUGUGCAGCUGCCAUGUCAUGUGCAGAGGUCAGUGUCCUCUCUUCUGUCAAGGAGCCUUGCUGAGAGGUAGAGAGAGAUCUUCCCUCUGGCUGAGCACAUACAUUCACUUAGUCUCAGCAGUCUGAACAGUUGACAACUCUCCGAGUUAACUACUAUCUGCGACAAGAAGCUUUUUGACCAGGAUUCAGAGCAUCACACAUUAGGACUAGAAAACAUGGGUGUGGAGAAGGCAGUUUUACAUGAUAGCUGUUUAGCAAAACACCACUCAUCAGUUCUUACCUAGGGCAUAAGCCUUGACUUCUGAUCAUGCUUACAGUCGCAAGUGUAAUUUCCCGUCUGUGGGGCAGGGUUCUGGUCCACGUGAGAGCGGUUGGUUAGACGUAGGCUCGUCUUGCCAUGCCUGCCCUGGUAGACAUGUUAUUGCACUGCACUGUGCGAUGUGAAGUCGAAAGCUUGGUGAAACCGCUGAUUAAGGCUUGUGCUGUGUUCCUGUCGUAUCCCCAGGUCUCCUGACGUUUAGUGGCUGGAAGAGAUGCUCGUGUACCUCCAAAUGGUGCGGACACCCUCAGAAUCUGAGGUUUAUAGUGAUGGGCAAGCAGUAGAGGUGACUGAGCUGUUGAAGGUGUUGUAGUUGGAUGUCAAUGAGGAAGAGAACUUGAUCUUUUGAAGACUUCGCCCUAGAAAGAUGCUGUUCUGUGACGCCUGUGUUUGUCACGGUCAAUAAAACAUUCUCACAUAAGUGGGGUUUUGGGGUUUUUGUUGUUGUUGUUGUUGUUGUUUGGAUAUUCUUUCUUGUCAGAGUAGGGAGGUAAGGUCUAAACUGACAGGUGUAGCUGCCCAAAGCUGGGUUAAACAUUAAUGUGGCUGUCACCACAGCCCAGAGCAGCAAGCCUGCGUGGUGUUCCUCCACUAAGCAGUGAUAAGCAGACAUGGCCCAGUUUGCACAGGUCAUGGCUGAAGUGGGCGAUUUUGGUCCCUUCCAGGUGCGGGUGACCAUCCUGAUGGGCAUCCCCAAUUUCCUGUCUGCAUUCUUCGUGUUUAGCCAGGUCUUCAUGGUCCUUGAUGAGGCUCACCACUGUUCAGUGUCCUGGGUUAAGAACCACACUUUCAACCUAAGUGCUGCUGAGCAGCUGGCUGUCAGCAUACCCAACGACACGGCAGGCAGGCCCGAGUCCUGCCUCAUGUUCCGGCCACCUCCUGACAGUGCCAGCCUGGAAGACAUCCUGAGCCACCGCUUCAAUGAGACACAGGCCUGCGACUCGGGCUGGGACUAUCCUGAGAACAGGCCUCCGUCCCUAAAGAAUGAGUUUGACCUGGUAUGUGAGCGGGAGAACCUGAAGAGGACCUCGCAGUCGGUGUUCAUGGCGGGGCUCCUAGUGGGGGCCCUAGUCUUUGGGCCUGUCUGUGACUGGAUUGGCCGAAGAGCUAGCAUUCUGCUGCAGGUGCUUCUGUCCGGCAUCACAGGAGUGGCCACAGCCUUUGUGCCCAGCUUUGAACUCUACAUGGUUCUGUGCUUUUUCUCAGCCAUUGCAGUUGCUGGGUAUAUGAUGAGCACCAUGAUCCUUGUUUCAGAGUGGGUGGGACCAUCCUGGAGAACACGAGCCAUGGUCCUGGCCCAGAGCAACUUUGCCCUUGGGCUGAUGGCGUUAGCAGGACUGGCCUAUGGUGUCCGAAACUGGAGACUCCUUCAGAUAAUAGGCACCACACCCAUCUUCCUGCUUGUCUUCUAUUUCUGGGUUCUGCCAGAAUCUCCACGGUGGCUCCUCUCUCAAGGAAGGACAGAGGAGGCCAAACAGCUGGUCCAGAAGGCAGCCUUGGUGAACGGCCGGCCACUUGCCUCUGAGCUCCUGAACCAGCUGGUCCCUGAGAAGACAGGCCCCUCGGGGAAUGCCUUGGAUCUUUUCAGACACCCUCAGCUCAGGAAGGUGACUCUGAUUCUCAUAGCUGUCUGGUUUGUGGACAGCCUGCUGUACUAUGGACUCGGCUUCCAAGUGGGGGACUUUGGUCUGGACAUCUACCUGACACAGGUAAUAUUCGGAGUAGUGGAAGUACCUGCCCGUCUUUCCAGCAUCCCCAUGAUGGAGAAGCUGGGUCGGAAGUGGAGCCAGCUCUGUACCCUGACCCUUGCUGGUGUCAUGUGUGUCAUCAUCAUCUUCAUCCCAGGAGAUCUUCCCACAGUGGCCACUGCACUGGCUGUGGUGGGGAAGUUUGCCUCGUCUGCUGCCUUCACCAUUUCCUAUGUGUACACUGCUGAGCUCCUCCCCACCAUCAUCAGGCAAACAGGCAUGGGGUUGGUGAGCAUCUUCUCCAGGGUCGGGGGCAUCAUCACACCCCUUGUGAUGCUGCUGGAACAGUACCACAAGGCGAUUCCCAUGCUGAUCUUUGGCAGCCUCCCCAUUGGGGCAGGCCUACUGUGUGCUCUGCUGCCUGAGACAAGAGGCCAGACCCUGAAGGACACCCUCCAGGACCUGGAGCAGGGGGGCCCCCACGGUGAGCACAGACUUCUUGGCCUCUCCCUAGACCCAGGCCUCCCAGUCACCAUUGGUCCAUUAUUAGUUAAUCCUUGCUUACUGAGCAACAUGGUGCCACAGAUAACUGUAGGUCAUUUUCCUGCUAGAGCUGAUAAAGGCAUUGAUCAUGGGACUGCAUCACUGGCAGCCACUGACUGCUUUUUUUCCCCCUUUUGUAGGUCCUCAGUGACACAGUCCCUUGAAAAAGAAAUGGAGGCCAACGGAAGAAGCUUUAUCCCAGGAGUUAGCAUUGGUAGUGCUCCUUGUUCUGAUUGUGGUUGUUAAGGACCAGUUCACAUACAGCACCUGAUUACACAGUGGGUGUCAGUGGGCUCUGCUUUGAAGGAGGGACAGGCCCGCUUGUUGUGAUUGGACAGGACCCACCUCCUUGUUUACCUCUGUCUGAUUUACCCCUCUGUCUGACUUCCUGCUCAGUACCAUGACUGCAUUAGGGUCCUCUGUGUGUCUGUGGGUGUGUCAUGGUGAAUGGGAUCCCACUGGAAAGAGUACAUUCAUAGGCGAGCUAUCUCAUCACAAGCAUGAGCAUGGGAAGAGCUAGUACCACUCUCCUCCUUGGUCAGGCCUCUUACAUGUCCCAUCAGUCUUCACAUAGCCACGCCCAGGCCUCAUGUCCGCAAUGCAAAGCCUUGAGAACACUGUGAAACCAUUUCCAGAGCACACCGAUGCUUUAGCAUCCCCCCUUCACCCUUGGUCACCUCCUCCUCCGCCUCCUCCUCCAAGAGAGCAGCGCUGUCCCUGUCCGCUGGCAUCCAGUCAUGGAUAUGUCCUACUGCUCUCUUCUGAGAUCACAGACAAUCAUGCUCUUCAGCUUGCUUAUGCUGCAUGUUCCUCUGCUGAGAAGCAAAAAUGGGAAAGUGCAGUUCCAGGCUGAUGCCCUCGACUUCUCCGAGCGAUGUGGCCGGGUGUUGGUGCUCCUUCCUUGGCAGUGAUUGUCAUCCUGGGGAGACUUAGUGGGAUCCUUAGCUGACACAGUAUUCUACAAGGGUUUGCCUGUGGCUUUUGUUUUUGUUGUUCUGUCUUACGAGCUGUAUUCCCAGACUUGCCUUUAGGGUCUCUGUUGACAUUAUCUCUUACAUUUCUUUGGGAUUAUAUAUGUCUUGGAGAAAUAUUUUCAAUCUGUAAUGCUUAAUUUUCAUUGUCAACAUGACUGAUUGGAAUGACUAAGGAAGGACAUCUGUGGCUGGUGUCUGUCUAGCUGUUUUCAGAAGUUUCACUGAGGAGGGAAGACCUUCCCUGAAUGUGGGCAGUAUCCUAUUGGCUAUGGCCCUGAACUCAAUAAAUAAAUAAAGCCAUGAA